AUGGAUCAGUAUAUAACAGUUCUGAGAACAAGUACGAAGAAGCGGAAAUCCACGGGGAAUUUCGAAAUGCUUUCAGUAGAAGUCGAGGUGACAGAGCUUGCCGGAAUGAACACAAUUGUCCUUCGGAUAGAGCCGUUAGAUUCGGCGGAAUAUGCUAUUUUGGUAGAUUUUGUUUUGACUAUUGGAGAAGAAACGAUUGAGCGGGAUCUUUGGGAGCCCGGCAAGAAAGUAUUGGAGAAGCAUACAGCUAGCAGUGGACCAUUGAAUCUCAUGGUCUGCACCGUUCAGCUGCUUUCACCAGUUGAUUUGAGUCGUCAGACAGCAUACAGGAACUUCGAAGUUCGAUGUGGUCCCUACAAUUUCUUUGUUGACUUACGAAUACUUGCGGAGCUUGGUGGUCCACUUUUCAGUAGUUGGAAAGUAAAG